AUUAAUUCGUCUUCCAACCCUCGACUUCACUUGCUGAGCGAGCGACAUAGGUUCGUCAGCUCUCCCCCAUUUCAUUGCCAACGGAGUCUCACAGAUCUGUGCAAAAUUCUUUUGAUUUUGCCAUGGCUCAACCUCUUGCUAAGAAAGACGAUGAUCGAGAUGAUGAAGCGGAAUACUCUCCAUUUACUGGGAUUGAGAAGGGUGCUGUCCUUCAAGAAGCUAGGGUUUUCAACGAUCCUCAACUUGAUCCCAGGAGAUGCUCACAGGUUAUAACAAAACUCCUUUAUUUACUUAACCAAGGAGAAACCUUCACAAAGGUUGAGGCAACGGAAGUGUUCUUUGCUGUCACGAAGCUUUUCCAGUCUAAGGAUAUAGGAUUGAGAAGAAUGGUUUAUUUGAUAAUCAAGGAGCUUUCCCCCUCGGCUGAUGAGGUUAUUAUUGUCACGAGCUCACUGAUGAAGGAUAUGAAUAGCAAGUCUGACAUGUAUAGGGCCAAUGCCAUCCGGGUUCUUUGUAGAAUUACUGAUGGUACUCUUCUUACACAAAUAGAAAGAUACCUGAAGCAAGCAAUUGUUGACAAGAAUCCUGUUGUUGCCAGUGCUGCUCUUGUUAGCGGAAUUCACUUACUUCAGACAAAUCCGGAGAUUGUCAAACGGUGGAGUAAUGAGGUGCAGGAAGCUGUUCAAUCAAGGGCUGCCCUUGUACAAUUCCAUGCUCUGGCUCUUCUCCACCAGAUACGGCAAAAUGAUCGAUUAGCUGUUAGCAAGCUAGUUACAAGCUUAACAAGGGGAACAGUUCGCUCACCUUUGGCUCAGUGCCUCCUGAUUCGUUAUACUAGUCAGGUAAUACGGGAGUCAGGCCAGAACACCCAGACUGGAGAGCGUCCUUUUUAUGAUUUUCUUGAAAGUUGUCUGCGACACAAAGCUGAAAUGGUGAUUUUUGAAGCUGCUAGAGCAAUAACAGAGCUGAGUGGUGUGACCAGUCGAGAACUGACUCCUGCAAUCACAGUUUUACAACUAUUCUUGAGUUCAUCCAAACCAGUGCUUCGUUUUGCUGCUGUUCGCACCCUAAAUAAGGUUGCAAUGACUCAUCCCAUGGCAGUUACAAAUUGCAAUAUAGACAUGGAAAGCUUAAUUUCAGACCAAAACAGAAGCAUUGCUACACUUGCUAUCACUACUCUCUUGAAGACAGGAAAUGAGUCAAGUGUAGAUCGCCUGAUGAAACAGAUAACCAAUUUUAUGUCCGAUAUUGCCGAUGAGUUCAAGAUUGUUGUUGUGGAAGCCAUACGAUCGUUGUGCCUUAAGUUCCCACUUAAGUAUCGAACGUUGAUGAACUUCUUGAGCAACAUUCUCAGAGAAGAAGGUGGUUUUGAGUAUAAGAAGGCAAUUGUUGACUCAAUUGUUAUCCUAAUAAGAGAUAUACCGGAUGCUAAAGAAAGUGGAUUGUUUCAUCUCUGUGAAUUUAUUGAGGAUUGUGAAUUCACAUAUCUGUCUUCUCAGAUACUUCAUUUUCUGGGAAAUGAGGGGCCAAAGACAUCUGAUCCCAGCAAAUACAUAAGGUACAUUUAUAAUCGUGUGAUUCUUGAAAAUGCUACUGUUCGGGCUAAUGCUGUGAGUACAUUGGCGAAGUUUGGUGCUGUGGUCGAUUCGUUGAAGCCUCGAAUAUUUGUUCUGUUGAGACGCUGCCUCUUUGACAGUGAUGAUGAGGUUCGUGACAGGGCGACACUCUAUCUAAAUACACUUGGAGGUGAUGGGUCAGUUGGUGAAACUGACAAAGAUGUUAAAGACUUCCUCUUUGGAUCAUUGGAUGUUCCGCUAGCCAACUUGGAGACAAGUUUGAAGAACUAUGAGCCUUCAGAAGAACCAUUUGAUAUUGAUGCUGUACCUAAGGAGGUCAAGUCACAGCCUCUUGCUGAGAAGAAAGCCCCUGGUAAAAAGCCUACUGGUUUGGAUGCUCCUCCGAUUGUUCCAACGUCAACCAUUGAUGCUUAUGAAAAACUGCUAUCAUCCAUCCCUGAGUUUUCAGGCUUCGGACAGCUUUUCAAGUCAUCAGCACCUGUGGAACUGACAGAACCGGAGACAGAAUAUUCAGUUAAUGUUGUAAAGCACAUUUAUGAUGAGAAUGUUGUGUUUCAGUUCAACUGCACAAACACUAUUCCGGAACAACUUUUGGAAAAUGUCACUGUUUUAAUGGAUGCCACUGAAGCAGAGGAAUUUUCUGAAGUUGCUUCCAAGCCUUUAAGAUCCCUACCAUAUGAUUCACCAGGGCAGACUUUUGUAGCGUUUGAGAAGCCAGUUGGAUCCCCUGCUGUGGGGAAGUUCUCAAAUAUGUUAAAAUUUAUCGUCAAAGAGGUUGAUACUAGUACUGGUGAAGCGGAGGAAGAUGGUGUUGAAGAUGAGUAUCAGCUGGAGGACCUUGAGGUCGUGCAUGCAGAUUAUAUGUUGAAAGUGGGGGUCUCCAAUUUUAGGAAUGCAUGGGAAAGCAUGGGCCCAGAUAAUGAGCGUGUUGAUGAGUAUGGCCUUGGAGUAAGGGAGAGCCUGGCUGAGGCUGUGAAUGCUGUCAUCAACAUCCUCGGCUUGCAGCCCUGUGAGGGCACUGAAGUCGUCCCAAGCAACUCAAGAUCACACUCAUGUUUGUUGUCCGGUGUGUACAUUGGCAAUGUCAAGGUUCUUGUCCGCUUGUCAUUUGGGAUUGAUGGGCCCAAGCAGGUUGCCAUGAAGCUGGCAGUUAGAUCUGAAGAUCAAGCUGUCAGUGAUGCCAUCCACGAGAUUAUUGCUAGUGGUUGAUGCUACAACUAGUUUCUUUGGCUUGAUUUUUGGGUCUUCUCAUUGGCAUUUUUUUGAUGGCACUGGAGGUCUUGGUUUUUGUAUGUAGCAGAGCUAAUUGGCAUCAGACAUAAAAAGUAUACAUCAAACAAGGAAUUGGACUGUUUUGAUGGGGUUUCAGAAAAGCGGAACAAUCCAAGCCAAGGGAAUGAGGGGUUAGAAUCCAUUUGUUUAUUCUGAUUUUAUACUCUUUCCAUAGCUCAAUAUCUUGAACAAUUGAAUACUUUGACAGUGAACAAAUGUUAGUUCUAUUGCAAGGGUCUGUUUCUU